CCUCCCCAACCCCUACGCGUGAUCAUGUGACCUGCCAGUUGAUCGACCGGAAAUCUCCGGUGCGACUUCCGACAUCCCGGGUCCUUGCUGGAGUUUGUAAACAAGCGGCCGGCAGCGGGAAUGCGGUUGUAGAAAUUGUGAAACAUGGCAAAUGAAAAUGAAGAUUUGAACGAGGGUCUACACGUGGUAAAUGAGGAAGAAGAAGAAGAAGAAAAUGCUCUUGAUUAUCACCAGAAUAGGAUGCCACUCCCAACUUUUUAUGAUUUGGUACCAGAAGAACGUAGUGGCCAUGUAGCUGUAGCAUAUGGAAGUUAUAUGUAUAUCUUGGGUGGUUACAAGAAUGCUGCAGUUCAAGGCUACAAUGAUUUCUACUUGCCAAGAGAAGAACUUUGGAUUUACAGCAUGGAAACUGGAAGAUGGAAGAAGAAGUACACAGAAGGUGAUGUUCCUCAGUCCAUGUCAGGGAGUUGUGCUGCUUGUGUGGAUGGAGUACUAUAUCUGUUUGGAGGACAUCAUGUAAGAGGGAACACUAAUGAGUUCUACAUUCUGAAGCUAGGAACCAAAGACAAAAUACUGCACUGGGAGAGAAUAAAAGAUUUUAAGGGGGUACCACCAUCACCCAAAGACAAGCUUGGUUGUUGGGUAUACAAGAACAAAUUGAUUUUCUUUGGUGGCUAUGGUUACCAACCUCGAGGACAGUAUCAUGGAUCAUUUGAAUUUGAUGAAUCAUCAUUUUGGAAUGCAAGUCAUCCAAGAGGCUGGAACAAUCAUGUCCACUUCAUUGACCUUGAAACUUUUACAUGGUAUCAGCCUAUUACAAAGGGAAAAGCCCCUUCACCUAGAGCAGCUCAUGCUUGUGCUACAAUUGGGAACCGAGGCUAUGUGUUUGGAGGAAGGUAUCAGGAUGCCAGGACCAACGACCUCUACUACCUUGAUUUGGAUACUUGGGAAUGGAAUGAAGUGGUACAAUCUCCUGAUCAGAUUCCUGUUGGCCGUUCUUGGCAUUCACUCACUACAAUCUCAAAUGACCAUCUCUUCCUUUUUGGAGGUUUCACGACUGACAAACAACCGUUAAGUGAUGCUUGGAUAUAUAGUGUGAGCAAGAAUGAAUGGUUAAAAGUAGAGCACCAAUAUUCAGACAGACCAAGACUUUGGCAUUCUGCUUGUACAAGCGAUGAAGCAGAAGUGAUUGUUUUUGGUGGAUGUGCUAACAAUUUACUGGCUCGUCAACAAGCAGCUCACAGUAAUGACAUCCUUAUCUUCUCUGUGCAGCCAAAGUCACUUGUCGGACUUUGCCUAGAAGCAGUGAUCCAUUAUAAAGAAAUAUUGGCCCAUAUAUGGGACUGUCUUCCAAAGCAUCUGCUUCUUAAUAUUAAUCAACGAGCUGGGAGCAGUAACACAUCUGGAUCAUGAGUUCUGACAAUACAAUUACAGUUCGAGCAAUCAUAGUGUGAUUUAGUUGUUCUUUGUUCUAGCAGUCAAAAGUACUGGUUUAUGACAAGGUAUGGGUAAGCUGGAGAGAAGCAUAACUUUUUUGUCUUUUAUUGGUACCUGCAUUUUUGCAGGCUUUUGAUUUGCUUGUACUGUAUGUAUAGAAAUUUUAUUUUCUGUUUUGAAUAAAUGUGAAGCAGAGACAACUUAGUUUACUUUGUACAUCGUGUUCUCUCAACUUCAAAAUAAUGCUCAGAUUGAUAUGUUGAAUCUCAUCUACCUGAAGCAGUUUAUUUUUCAUUCUGGUAUUAAGUAAAAAUUAAAUAAAACGUGCCUUUUCAAUAAAGGGCAAAGAAUUUCAUGAAAGCCAUCCUUCAUGAUUUGUCAUUUCAGGAUCUGGGCUGUAUGAAACUCAUCUUGGUUAUGUAAUAACAAGACUAUUAAUACAUCAUCAAGCAACGCUGAGUCACUCUAAAGGUGGGGGGGUGGGGUGAAGGAACAUCACACAAGUGAUAACACAACUAAGAACCAACUUGACAAGAAAAUUCAUAGUGGCAGUUAAAACUGAGAUCAGAGGCAAAUCCAGGAGUGAGAGAUGGAGUAUGGCACCUAAUGUCAUGGGGAAGCCAAAGAAAGUAAUAUGUGGCUGAUUACAAACCAAAAAGACAAACUGUGCUCGAAGGCAGAGGGCACACUUGAAGUAUUUCUUCCAUUCUCCCUUGAAUAGAAGUGACUUUUUCAGAUUUUUACUUGAGCUGUUUGACUCUGAUCAACCAGCUGUCACUGGUCUAGACUUGCACAAAACGUUUCACUUUGCUUUGCAAAUUGGUUUGAAUUUUACUGCUCGCACUUAUAGCAUCACUGGUCUACAUUCAGUGCUGCUUAUUUGUUUGUUUUCUAUGGAUCUUAAAGUAAGCUUCAGACAAUAUCCAUGACCAGUUAUAAUGAAUGAAUUGAUGCUUUUGUUGUUUCUAAAGGCAGCUUGACUGUUUCUUUUCACCUUUUAAGUAAUUUGAACAUUUUAUCCUAUUUGGGUAAAGGGAAGUAGAUCCAGUAAUCGGUAUGUAACUAUGUACUAUCAUCCUUUAGAUUUUAAGGGUUUCUAGCAUCUGAGGCACUAUAUUCCAACAUGUGCCACUUUGGGCAAAGAGGUAAUGGUGUAGGGUGACAUUUUGAAGUCAGCCGUAGCUGUUAUAGAGGGCACUUUCAAAUUAGCCACCUUUUUAUAUUACUGUUCAGUUCAGUUUCAAAUAAAAGUGAUCUAUCAAAUCUUUCGUAGCUUUUGCUGUACUUACAUGGAUAGAUGCACAAUCUUAAUAAACAGAACUGUGGAUGCUGGAAAAGCUCAGCAGGUCUGGCAGCUUGUGAAGAAAAAAAGUCAUUUAACGUUUCAGGUCAGGUGACCCUUCCUCAGUUCUGACCUGGAACGUUAACUCUUUAUCUUCACAGGUGCUGCUGAGCUUUUCCAGCAACUUCUCUUUUUGUUGUGGGUGCAUAAUCUUGUCUGCCAGAGUUAGAAAUAUUAUGCUUACCACAAAGGGAUUGGGAAAGAUAAUCAUUGUAUUUAGUAACGUGAAAUAUGCAUUGAAUAGUUUUGUGAUGAGCCAAGACAAUUAAAAUGGGUUGAACAUAAAGAAUACAACUUUAUUUACAGUUGAAAAUUUCAAAUUUUGGAACCAAUGUUUGUUGUUAUGGACAUACAUGAAAUUGCUGAGGGGUCAGCACAUUGAUAGGAGUGCUCAUGUCUAUUGUUCCUAACGUUUAUUUUCUGUAACUACAGGAUUACUGACCCACAACUAUUUUUCUGAUAUUGUCCUUCAUCAUCUGUAUCUCAGUAAGAAAAUACAUUCCAACAUAUCGAUUCUUUCAAAAUAAAACUUAUAAAGCAUCACAA